AGUCUCCGACCACAGUGGUCUGGUGGUCUCUCGUGUCCGCUUUUCUCUCUUUCCCCUUCGUUUGAUUCGAAAAAAAAUAGAAGCGAACGAAAAAAGCAGUUAGUGUGAUUAGUCGACGAUGGAGACAGAGACGAAGACGACGCAAUCAUACAGCGAGCAAUGGUACUGGGACGAACGCUACACGAACGAAUCCGAUCCCUUCGAUUGGUACCAGAACUACACUUCACUGGCUCCUCUCAUCAACCUCUACGUCCCUCGCCGCACUCACCCCGUCCUCGUCAUCGGCUGCGGGAACUCAGCGUUCAGCGAAGGAAUGGUUGACGAUGGGUACGAAGACGUAGUCAGCAUCGAUAUCUCCUCUGUGGUGAUCGAUGCGAUGAACAAGAAACACUCCGACCGUCCUCAGCUCAAAUAUUUGAAGAUGGAUGUGCGUGAUAUGAAGGUCUUUGAAGAUGCUUCUUUCGAUGCUGUGAUUGAUAAAGGAACCUUAGACUCUAUUUUGUGUGGGAGCAAUUCGAGGCAACACUCAACGCAGAUGCUUGAGGAGGUUUGGAGGGUACUCAAGGAUAAAGGAGUCUACAUUCUGAUUACAUAUGGAGCACCGGAUUACCGUCUUAGGUUGUUUAAAGACUCACGCUCUUGGACAACGAAGCUCCAUGUGAUAGACAAAAGUUUAACCGAUCAUCAACCAUGGGAACUGACAAAACCUAUUCCUCUAGAUGCUGAGGGAAGUUCAGUGGAAUCUGCACUUGGCAAAAGCCCUGAUGUUCAUUACAUCUACGUUUGUAUCAAGGAUGAGUCGUUGAAGAGGGAGGCAGACACAGCUUGAAGUCAUGAGAAUCUUUUUCUGCUCGUUGCUUAUAACAUUUAGGUCCUACAAGGACUUGUCUUUGUUGUAUUUAUGUGCAACAGUGAAGACGAUCCUAUCUUGGAUUCAUGUUUACUUUCUAAUUAGAGGAGGAAACAACAGUUAUAUUUUUAGCA